AUGCCGGCCGCUUCCAAAAACGUUGUCAUGAUCGACAACUACGACUCGUUUACCUGGAACCUGUACGAGUACCUGUGUCAGGAGGGCGCCAGCGUCGAGGUUUUCAGAAACGACCAGAUCACCAUCCCGCAGAUUGAGCAGCUCAAGCCGGACGUCGUGGUGAUAUCCCCCGGUCCAGGCCAUCCAAAGACGGACUCGGGAAUCUCCCGCGACGUGAUCAGCCAUUUCAAAGGGAAGAUCCCUGUCUUUGGCGUCUGUAUGGGCCAGCAGUGUAUAUUCGAGGAGUUUGGCGGAGAUGUCGAGUAUGCUGGCGAGAUCGUCCAUGGAAAAACCUCCACUAUCAAGCAUGACAACAAGGGAAUGUUCAAGAACGUUCCGCAGGACGUUGCUGUCACCAGAUACCACUCGCUGGCCGGAACCCUCAAGUCGCUUCCGGACUGUCUGGAGAUUACUGCUCGCACAGACAACGGGAUCAUUAUGGGUGUGAGACACAGAAAGUACACCAUCGAGGGCGUCCAGUUCCAUCCAGAGAGCAUUUUGACUGAGGAGGGCCAUCUGAUGAUCCAGAACAUCCUCAGUGUUUCCGGUGGCUACUGGGAGGACAACGCUAACGGCGCGGUCCAAAAAAAGGAGAGCAUAUUGGAGAAAAUCUACGCGCAGAGACGAAAAGACUACGAGUUCGAGAUGAAUAGGCCGGGGCGCACUUUUGCCGACCUGGAAGUGUACUUGUCCAUGGGACUGGCACCGCCGCUAAUUAAUUUUUACGACAGAUUGGAGCAAAACAUCAGUGCCGGCAACAUUGCGAUCCUCAGCGAAAUCAAACGAGCCUCGCCUUCUAAAGGCAUCAUAGACGAGACGGCUAACGCAGCCAAACAGGCCCUUACAUACGCCAAGGCUGGAGUCACCACUGUCUCUGUGCUAACCGAGCCUACUUGGUUCAAAGGAAAUAUCCAGGAUCUGGAGGUGGCCAGAAAAGCCAUCGACUCUGUGGCCAGUAGACCGUGUGUUUUGCGCAAAGAGUUCAUCUUCAACAAGUACCAGAUUCUAGAGGCCCGUCUGGCCGGAGCAGACACGGUCUUGCUGAUUGUCAAGAUGCUGGAGUUCGAGCUGCUUAAAGAGCUGGUCGCGUACUCAAGACACCUCGGAAUGGAGCCCCUGGUGGAGGUCAACAACGUAGAGGAACUGAAAGUGGCCGUCGCGGUCGGAGCCAAGGUGAUCGGCGUGAACAACAGAAACCUGCACGACUUCAGCGUGGACCUGUCCACCACGGUGAAAAUGAACGAGCUGCUUCCAAAUGACGGACCAAAACCUCUCCUUUUGGCGCUGAGCGGGAUUUCGACGCCCCAGGACGUGUCGAACUACAAACAGCACGGCGUGUACGGGUUCCUCAUAGGCGAGGCGCUGAUGCGCAAGGGCAACCAGGUCGGCGACUUCAUCGCCCAGCUCCACAAAGCAGAGUAA